AUGAGCUCCUCCACUAGUAGGAUGGAACAGAACAGAACAGAAGAAGCGACCAAUUAUGACUUUCAGGGUUUUGACUCAGAGGAAGAAUUAAACCCGCUUCCUUCUGGAGUCGGCCAGGAUUCAGAGGACUUAGAUGAACAGGACCAAAUUGGCUCACCUGACUCCGUAAAUAAAUCAUCUCCAGAAGAGACCAAAAAGUCAUGCAUGAGAGGGUUCAUCAGCAGGAUGAAAGCUAUUUCUGUCCAAACAUUUGCUCAAGAGUCAAUCCUGAAUGUGAGGUCUAGAGUCAGGCGUAGGCUGGCCCACCGUCAAGGACAGGAAGCUGUCAGUUCAGAUACUUCAAUGCUUCUGGAGAGUGAGGAUAGUCUUUCAAAUGAGAUAAUUACAACCGAAGAUCAGCAUACAAACAGUGAGUCUGAAGAGGUUUGGCCUUCCACUGCCCUCUGUAAAAGUGACUGUGAGCGUCGUCUUGAUGAGGCUCAGAAAUGCCACAUUGAGAAAGUGGCUGAGCUUGAGAGAGAAAAGGAGGAAAUCCAGGCUAUAAAGGAAAACCUCUUCUCUCAAGUUAGUCGUCUGCAGGAUGAGAGCAUCACAAAUGAAAGGAACAGGAGCCUCUUGACUGAGAAGGUGGCGAGUCCUGAAACAAGACUGGAUGAAAAAGAGAGAGAAAUUGACGAUUUGAAGGAAAGGAAUUGGCGUCAAGAAAAGCAUUAUGGAGAGAAAGUGCUUCACCUGACAACAGCCUUGGAACAAGCUCAGGACAGAGAAAGGACCCUGAACCAGCAUUCAGAGGAAACAAUCAGCAAGCUCAGAGAAGAGCUCAAGGCAAAGCAGGAGGAAGAGAUACUAGCGCCAAGUGAAAGACAUCUUAACUCCACUGGGGUGCAGACAGACGAGAUAUCACCUGAACCUCAGCAGCUGGAAACUCCUGCUGCUGAGGCUCAGAGUGAAAGCCUGUGGAUGCACUCUCUCAGAGGUGCACUGAGCGUAGGCAAGUUCAUUGGUGUGUCCGCUGCAUAUGCACUUGUUGCAGUGGGUAUACUGUCCAUUGGAUUGAGUGCUCAUUGUGAUUGCCCAGGACGCCCCUUUUAA